GCAGGUCGGAGCCUUGCCCCGAGGAGCAAGCAGCCGAGGCUGCCCUGAGACGGGCUUUGUGAGGACGCUCGGAGGGCAACGCUGUCAUGAAAAGCGAACUCAUGGACUGAUCCGCUUCCGUCCCGCAGGGUUCAGCCUCAGUUCCAUCUACACCUGCGUUCUGCACGGCAGUUACUUCCUCCUGGCGGCCCUCAUCAUGACGUUCCUGCAGAUCCCCGGCCUCCCACGUGCCGUGCUGCUCAUCCUGGUCGUGGCGAACGCCCUCUUUGAGCUCAACCAAGGCCUUUCCUGGGGGUUUCAUUCUCUCACCAGCCUCUUGGUGUUCACGGUGGCAGGCGACUGGGUGCUCAGAAGAUUCUUCCAGAGUGCUCUGAGGAGGAAACGCAUCUCCCUUCAACCGUCUCUGUCAUUUCCCCAGAAAAUGCCGGGCGCGCACCCUCACGAAGCGGAUCUGAAACAUGCCAAGCGCUGCCGCGUCACUUCCACUCCUGAAAG